AUGCGUAACAGUGCGGGGGUCGCCGACGCCGCGGAGGCGCGCGGCGGCGUGCACGAGAGAGCCCGGUUCCUGGAGCCCGUGCCGGCGCCGCGCGGGGCCAGCCGCGACGGCGACGGCGACGAUGCCGAGCACGUUGUGGAGAUCACCCUCGACGUCGACCGCGCGGGGGGCAAGCUCGUGGCCGUGCGUAGAGCGAAGGAGCUGCGGUCGGGCUGUGCCGGCGAGGACUCCGACGUCACGCCGGGGCAGUCGCCCUCGUACGCCCACGGCGCGCGCCGGGCGCGGAUCCAGCAGGUGUCGCAGGAGGUCCGGGCGCUCGCGUCCUCACGCCGCCGGCAAGGCGGCCCCGGCAGCGCCGACGGGCUCACGUUCGUCGGCCGGGCUGACGCCUCCGCCGGGUGGGCCGCCGUCGAGAGGCGCUUCGACGAAGAAGCCACGGAUGGCCUCCUCCACCGGUCCAAGUUCGCAAAGUGCAUCGGGAUGAAGGAGCUGGCGUUCGCCGGCGGGCUGUUGGACGCGCUGGCGAGGCGGCGGCGCAUCUCCGGAGAGAGCAUCAGCAAGCCGGAGAUGGUCGAGUUAUGGGACCAAAUCUCCGACCACAGCUUCGACAGCCGCCUGCACACCUUCAUCGAUAUGAUCGACAAGGACAACGACGGGAGGAUCAGCAAGGAGGACGUCAAAGAGAUGAUCGAGCUGAGCGCAAAGGCAAACAAUUUAACGACUGUUGCACAACAUUCCGAGGAGUAUGCGCAGCUCAUGAUGGAAGAGCUAGACACCUACAAUGGUGGCUACAUCCAGGUGUUCGAGCUAGAGAAGCUCCUACGGCAGACGGCGAGCCAACGGUCGUCGGCGGGGACGCCAACCAACAACGGCAACCUCAGCCAGCGGCUCCGGCCCACGGCGAAGCCCAACGCGCUCCUGCAGUGGUACCACGGCGCCAGCCACUCGCUGAACCAGCAGCUACGGAUGGCCCCGUACGCGUGCGAGCGGAUGGCACGGCCGCUGCGGUCGAGCGCGCGGCCGGUGGAUGUGCUAGGGGUGGCCGUGUACCCGGACCCCGCGAGCGCGGUGUCCCUCCGCUUCUCCAAGCCGCGGGGGUUCAGGUACAGGAGCGGGCAGUACGUCUUCCUCAACUGCCCCGCCGUCUCCCCAUCCCAGUGGCGCCCGUUCUACAUCACGUCGGCGCCACAGGACGACCACGUCGGCGUCCACAUCAGGACGGUCGGGGGCUGGACGCACGAGCUCGGCAACGUCUUCUCGAAGGUUUGUCCGCAGCCGACGACGGAGGGGAGGAGCUUCCCGGAGGUGCUGAUGGACGGGCCAUACGGCGCGCCGACGCAGGACUACGAGCAGUACGACGUCGUGCUACUGGUGGGGCUCGACGUCGGCGCCGCGCCCAUGGUCUCGAUCGUCAGGGACAUCAUCAGCAGCAGCAGCAACAUGAGGAAGCGGUCCGACGGGGACGACGGGUCCAGCAACCGCAGGUCGACACGGCGCGCCUACUUCUACUGGGUCAACCAGCUGGAGCAAGCCUCCUUCGAGUGGUUCCGUGGAGCCAUGGACGAGGUGGUGCAGAGGGACGAUGAGGGCGUCAUUGAGCUACAUAACUACUGCACCAGCGUCCACGAGGAGGGCGACGCCCGGUCGACGCUCAUCUCCGUGCUCCAGUCCCUUAACCACGCCGCCAAGAACGGCGUCGACGUGGUCUCCGGCCCCCGCGUCAAGACCCACUUCGGCCGACCUGACUGGCGGAGCGUCUAUGAGCGCAUCGCCUUCAAGCACCGUCAACAACGCAUCGGAGUAUUCUACUGUGGCACACCGAUGCUGACAAAGGAGCUGAGGGAGCUUGCCCAUAAUUUCUCGAAAAAGACAAGGACAAGAUUCGAGUUUCAUAAUGCGAACUUAUAG